AUGGUACCAUUAUUUUUUCUACUAUUACUAACUUAUGACGUCUGCAGUACAGUCGAAUGCCCGCGUGAAUGCGAAUGUGACGCUAUUCCACCGAACAAUUCGUCUUGGGCUGUCUACUGCCAUCGUGGAGGCCUAAAUGACACGAUAUUCGCUGAUAUUCUCAAUCGUCUCCCAUCAUCCUUAAAAUUACUAGAUAUUCAAACAAGCAGUUGGCGACCAGCAAACAAGUUUAAAUGGAGCGACAAUCUUAAUCGUUUCAACCUUCUGAAGCAACUUCGCCUAGUGAAUUGUGCGAUUCCUGCGAUGAGUCGGAAUAUCAGACUUCCAUCUUUGGAGUUACUCGAUUUGCACGGAAAUGAGAUUGAACACGCUACUAUGGGAAACUUUGGAGGAAUGCCAAAUUUGCGAUUUCUUGACUUGAGUGAUAAUCAUCUUAGCAUUCUGCCCACCGGUGUCUUCACUUUUCUGCGAAACCUCAAAUCUCUUUCCCUCGCCAAUAAUUCAAUAAAUGAAUUGUCUGCGAAUCUUCUAAGAGGACUGCGAACGCUGAAAUCAUUGAGACUUGACGGAAAUAUCAUACCAGUCAAACAGAUCAACGAUCUCUUCGUCGAUGUACCACAACUGGAAGAACUGCAUCUGAAUGGUUGUCGUCUAUCCAGCAUUUCCAAUCUGUCACUGAAGGAUGUAGAACAAUUACGUCAUCUCGGACUGGCUAAUAACAAUCUGCGCACGAUACCCACUCAAGAGUUACGACAACUGGCACAUUUGGCCGUUCUUGACCUAAGCGGCAAUGACCUUGUGGAGGUUGGGGCGUGUGCUUUUUGCUCGAAUAACAUUUCACGGCUUGAUCUAUCCCAUAAUCGGCUAGGCUUGGUCAAGGAACCGUUUCACGCGGACGCUUUUCGUAAUAUUCCAUUGGUGGAACUCGAUCUUUCAUUCAACCACAUGAACGAGUUCCAUUCAAGUUCGCUUGGUUGGGCUCAGGAACGUCUUCAAACGCUUAGUAUGGCCGGAAACUCACUUGGAGAAUUUCACAGAGAUAUCACUGCCACACUACCGUCUCUACACAGUCUCAACAUGGCCUACAAUAACAUCGAACGUAUUCCGCUAGUAUUCCCACCACAGUUUUAUCAUCUAACUCUACUAAAUAUCUCUGGAAACUCGCUUACUUAUCUCCCUGACAAUCUGCCAUAUCUACUACCAAAUCUUAAGGAGUUCGACAUAUCAAACAACAAAUUCUCCACAUUAACGCAAACUGCCGUUGAUUACAUCGAUCAACUCGAACGUGUUCAUCUUGGUGGCAAUCCGUGGGACUGCUCGUGUUCAAUCCAACACAUCCAACAGCAUAUGCGUCAUCGCUAUGCGAUGCGCCACAUUCUUCGAUAUCAUGAGGCUAGAUGUGCAGAACCAGCACUGGUCAAAGGACAACCACUCCUUAGUGUCACUGAUAUUAACGAAUGUGCAGUUCUCUUUGGUGCUCGCUACGGGCUAUCGCAGAGCAGCGAGCUGUUCAUCCUGCUUGCAGCUUUACUCUCUGCCGCUGUAAUUCUGUCUAUUCUACUAAUCUGUCUAUAUUUUCUGCGUGAGCGACAGUACAAAGGUUCCUACGUGACCCGAGAGCAUUCUCGGACACCACUCACUAUGGCACCUCACAUUAGUUGUUCUUCAACUAAUAGUGGCGCAAGUGAACCUCUGACACCACCGAUGCCACCACCACCGCCAAAACCAACUGCGGCUUACUUUGGUAUAUAA